UGCUCAUUAACAUUCAAUGAAAUAGCGGUAAAAAGUAAGAAUUCCCAAAGUAGAGGAACAACUAAGAAGAUCCACUAGAAAGCAUUCCGGACAUACAAAACUUUUCCGACCAGAUUGGAAUCUCGUUAUUUUUCUGAAUUUGAAUCGAAGAAGAUUUGCAAACUCUCUUAGAAAUUUUUUUGCAGCUGAUUGAAGAGAGGAUUUGGGCAGUGCGGCUAUUUUCUUUCAAUUCUGAAGAACGAAUAUGAAAGGAAAUGGGAGCUAUGUGCCACCUCCUUAUAUACCCCUGGGGCAGUCUGAGGAAGAUUAUGAAGCUUUAACUGCAGGGAUCAAUGAUGUUAAAGCUUCUGCUUUGGUUUCAAUUAGUGAUGGCUCUGUGCAGUGGUCUUCUGGAAUCUGUGCUUGUUGCGACGAUACCCCGAGCUGUUGUAUAGGUACCUUUUGCCCCUGCUAUCUCUUUGCUAAGAAUGCUGAGUUUCUGGGUUCUGGAACUCUGGCAGGACCUUGUGUGGUUCAUUGUAUGCUUUGGACCCUAGCCAGCAGUGGUUGUUUCAUGUAUUGUAUACUUUUGGGGUUGCCUGGAUGUCUUCUUUCAUCUUAUGCAUACAACUAUCGAAAGAUACUUCGAACCAAGUAUAAUCUGCCGGAGGCACCCUGUGGAGAUUUUGCAACUCAUUUUUUUUGUCAUAUAUGUGCCUUGUGCCAAGAAUACAGGGAAAUCUGUGAAAGAUCUGGUGAUCCCAAUUAUGGUGACCCUAAACGACCUGUAAUUACUGCUCCGCCUGUUCAGAAAAUGGAACCGCGUCCAGGAGAGUGAUGCUUCGUUGUAUUAUCCUGGCUUGUCGGCCAUGCUGCGACUCUGAUUUCAAGUUAUCAUCAAAGAGUCCUAGGUUGUCAAUGUUCUGUUUUGUAAAUUGUCUAGUCUCAUGUCAUGGAUAUAAAUAUCUUUCUGAAAGACUUGGAGGGAUUUAAUCAUCUUUCUCACAGACAUUUGGAUCUUUUUAUAUACUGGUAAUCAUAGUGGAAAAUGUAACUUAAGUGUAGAAAGGGGGCUUGAAUCUGUUGGACAUGUACUGAUGCAGAAACCGAGUUUUGUUUGAAACGAUAGUAGACCAAGUCUAUCAUUUACUCUCUCGUAUAGGAUAAGUGUAAUAGUUGUAUUUUCAUGAUCACUAAUGUACAACUUUGAUACAUUUUUAUCUUUGAUUAUGAA